GGGUUCAGCUAUACUCAUGAAAUGGGUAGGAUGAAAUCAUCGGGUAGUAUUUUCUAUUUCACCGAUGAACUACUUAUCAAGGAGUCUUGAUGUGAGAUGCGUAUUUAAAUGACGGAUAUCGCACAAGAAACAUUUGCAGAAGCAUAGACCGCGGCGUCUGACUACUACUACAACGAUGCUCUUCCAAUCAGUCUUCUUCGCUCCUCUCCUUUCACUCCUUGCCCAGGGAGUCGCGGGCACUCCAACCGUACACGACCAUUCUCUCGCACAUCACAAGCGAGCGACUUGUACUCCCAAAUCAGCCGGCUCAGCUUCGACAGACGAUGUCCCGACCAUCGUCGCAGCGCUGAAGCAAUGCGGCAAUGGUGGAGUCAUCGUGUUCCCCAAAGAUACUACCUACAUGAUCAGAACCAAACUCAGUCUUACCGGCUGCACCAACUGCGAAAUCCAACUCGACAGCCGACUUAAACUCUCGGAUGAUUACACGUUUUGGAACAACUCUCGUACUCAAAUUGACGUCCGUGGCAUUAACGGGCUUAAAUUUCAUAGUCCUGCUGGUACUGGGGAGAUUGAUGGUAAUGGACAAGCUGCGUGGGAUCGCUUCGGAUCAGUUGGUGACUUGAAGAGGCCUGUUAUGUUCGCCGUGGAGGGGUCUACUGAUGUUGAAGUCAACGGCUUUCGUAUGAAGAACGCUCAGAACGUCUUUGUUGAUAUCGGUUCCAACAGCGAGAGGGUCAAGUUCCUCAACAUGCAUUUGACCGCCAUCAGCAAGUCAAGCUACCCACCGAAGAACACCGAUGGGUUCGAUAUUGGAGCAUCCAAGUACACGACCCUUUCGGACAUCUUUAUCCAGAAUGAGGAUGAUUGCGUUGCAUUCAAAGCAGGCUGUGAUCAGGUCACCAUCACUGACAUAACCUGCCAGGGAUCUCACGGUCUAUCAGUCGGUUCUCUGGGCAAGACAAACACCGACACAGUCACCAAUGUCUACGUGAGAAAUGCCACCAUGAAAGGCGCUACGAAAGCGGCUGGUAUCAAGAUUUACCCCGGUGGUCCUGAGCACGGAACUGCUGUUGUCCGUAACGUUACCUGGGACGGUGUUAUCGUCGACAACUGUGGUGCUGCAUUCGAGUUUGAUGCUUGCUACAACGAAGACGAGUCUUAUUGUGAACAGCAUCCCAGUACUGCGCAGGUGUCUGAGAUUUACGUCAAGAACUUCUCGGGCAAGACUAGCACCAAGUAUGCGCCUACUACCGGCCAUGUAUACUGCCCUGUUGAGGGAAAGAAUUGCGAUGUUGAGUUUACGAACUGGACUGUUAAAUCUGGAACAGGUGCUGGGCAGUUUUUGUGUGAGAACAUUAGCUCUGAUGUUUUGGGUAUUACCUGCAAGGCUCCUUAGGACAUACAUUGCGAUGGAUCCGCAUUCCUCGGGGAGCAAGAAAACUUCU